CGCCGAGCGUCCCGGGUCUCAGCCGGCAGCUGGCGGCGUCCCUCCCUUCGCUCCUCCGGCCUGCGGCCAUCUUGGGCUUCCCCCAGCUCCCCGGCGUCGCGUUGCUCCGCGGCUCGGUGACGGUCCGCGUCUCCCGGAGAGUCGGCGCCGCCGCGAGGAGGUCGUUUACCUAUGGUGGAGAGACCGCGCGCGCAGUAGACAACCGGCUUCCCCCGCCAGGAUGGAGGACGUCGUCUGGGCCGCCGCCCGCGCGGGCCGCCGGGCUCCACCGCGCUCUGCCGCCCGCUUCCGGAACCGCGGCCUGGUGUGGCUCUUCCGCGGACGCCAGGACCGGCCUGGGGUGCCGACUCCGCCGCUGCGCAGCGCCCAGGCGGUGUAACAGGCCUCCUCCUCGCGAUCCCGUCCGGCCUCCGCGCUCCGCGCUCCGCGGGACGACCCCCCUUUCCUCCCCCCGCCAGCCCCAGAGACGGCCCGGAAGUCGGCGAUGGAGCCUGGUACGCGCCGACCGCGCCAACGGCCCGCCCCGCGGGCGGCCGCCUGGUUCCGGCUGCCCUUCUUCCCGCGGCCAUGUCAGGCCGGCUUUUCCAAGUUCCCGACCCCUCCUGCCCCCGUCCACCCUGGGGACCCUCUCCUGCCUUCCUCCGCCCAGCCAGAGGCUCGGACCGGCUACUGGGCCAGACUGCUUUCCCAGCUCCUCGCACCGCUCCCGGGCUUGCUCCAAAAGCUGCUGUUUUGGAGCCAGCUUUUCAGCAGCAUGAUUCCCACCAGGUGGUUUGAUUUCGCCGGAGGCUACAGUGCUCUGAGAGCCUGGAGGGGACGGGAGGAGACAGCCACUCCCACAGCGCGGAAGUCUUUGAAUUCGCUGCGACGGGACCCUCCGGAUAGUUCGGUGGCCCGCUGCCUGGGUUGGUCCGAGGAGGGUCUCCUUUGGCAGUGCCCCUCCUCAGACCUAGAACUGGAACUUAAAGCCAAGCUUGGAAGGCCUUUGGACCCGGCGGCGCACACUUUGUUCCUGGAGCAGCAGCUGUGGGGGGAAGAGCUGUUGCCCAGUAGCCUUCAAGCCCGUCUGUUCUUUGACCAAGAACUUGGCUCUUCGCCCUUCGGGUCUCUAAACAUUCAGCGCUUAGGCAAUUUCAACGUCGUCUCUUAUUUGCUGAACCACCACUACCUGAACUGUCUUCCCUACCUAGAGCUCAGCAGUCAGAACAGCUUUGCAGGUGGCGAGCUCGUUGGUUUCCAAACACUGACCUCAGAAAGCAGCAGCCUUUCUGAGGACCAUUGUCACCCCCAGCCUCUGCGAGCCGAGAUCUGUGCAGCCUCUUGGCAGGAGUGUCCACCACUUUCUAGAGAAGGCCUUCCCGAAAUCCACCACCUUCGCAUGAAACGACUGGAAUUCCUUCAGCAGUCUCACAAGGGCCAAGAGUUACCCACGCCUGACCAAGAUAAUGGCUACCACAGCCUAGAGGAGGAGCACAACCUUCUCCGGAUGGAUCUGAAACCCUGCACAGAGAACUCGACGCAGCCUGUUUCCCCUACUGGAGUCGUUCCUGAGACAUCCUGGGAGCUCAAUGAGGAAAAAAUACAAUUGUUGACUUCAGAGGUUCCACUUGUUCCUCAGAAGCCAGGCCUUUCGGAAAGUGAGGUGCCCGUGGAGAAGAAGCGUGAAGAGGACCAAACCGGUAUACUUGACUCCUGUGUCGUGGAGAAUGACUUUCCCAUUUCAGCCAGGCCAGCUUGUAGUAACAAGCUGAUAGAUUACAUUUUGGGAGGUGUGUCCAGCGACCUGGAAACAAGUUCCGAGUCAGAAGGUGAGAGCUGGGAUGAAGAAGCUGAGGAUGAUGGUUUUGAUAGUGACGGCUCACUGUCAGAAUCAGACCUUGAAGGAGACUCAGAGGGACUUCACCUUUGGAACUCUUUCUACAGUGUCGAUCCUUAUAAUCCCCAAAACUUCACAGCAACGAUUCAGACUGCUGCCAGCAUUGUUUCUGGAGAGACUUCUGAUUCGGGGAAGGAUUUGCCUUUGCCUGGCAAGUCUGAUCUACAGAGUUCUCCCCUUCCUGAGACUCCUGAUAGUUAUUCUGGAGAGGAGGAUGGCUGGGAAUCCAGUGCAGAUGAGGCAGAGAGUCUCAAACUGUGGAACUCUUUCUGUAAUUCUGAUGACCCCUACAACCUUUUAAAUUUUAAGGCUCCUUUUCAAACAUCAGGGAAAAAGUGGAAAGGCUGUUGUGGCUCAAAGAGCCCUUCUGAGUCCACAGUGGCCAUUUCUGAGUGUCAUACCUUACUUUCUUGUAAGGUGGAACUCUUAGGGAGCCAAGAAAGUGAAUGUCCAGACUUGGUUCAUCGUGAGAUUCUUUCUGGAGAAAGACACACACAUAUCAAAAGAAAAAAGGUAACCUUCCUUGAAGAAGUUACGGAGUAUUACAUAAGUGGUGAUGAGGAUCGCAAAGGACCAUGGGAAGAAUUUGCAAGGGAUGGAUGCAGGUUCCAGAAACGAAUUCAAGAAACAGAAGUUGCUAUUGGAUAUUGCUUGACAUUUGAGCACAGACAAAGAAUGUUUAAUAGACUCCAGGAAGUGUGCUUUGAAGGACUUUCUGUUUUCAAACAAUGUUAAGAUGAGUUGACAGCCUAUAGCCUUCGCGUACACUACCUCUUUCUUAAGAGGCUUUAAAAAUACACACACAACAAAUAUUGACCAAUUUUUUUAAAGAGAUAUAAAAUUGGCCCCAGUGAAAUAGUUUAAUUUUUGCAACAUAUCUAUCCAUUAGAAAUAUCCAGGCUUAAGGUCAGCUUUGAUAAUGAAGGAUCUGUGAUUUUUUUUUUUAGUCCUCUUCAGUUUAGUUGGAUGUUUUUAAAUGUUCUUUGUUUGCUUGAGGUGAACAGGGAGACCUUUUGAGUUACAAUUUUGCACUUUAAAAACUUACUUUCUUGGGAAACAAUAUAGGGCUUUAAAGCCCAUUUUCAGUUCUAAUUUAAAUUAUGUGCUUUUGUCCAAAAUUACCAGGUUCCUAAUUUUUUCCAAAAUAAAUGGGCUUUUUAUUUUUUUUUUCAUUGUAUUCAUUGGGCCCCUUUACCUUAAGGCUGCAAAAUAAUAAUCUUGUACGUUGUAUACUAAAAGCACAUAUCUUGUGCCACUUUUUUCUUAUUUUAAAGGUGACUUUAGUUGAAAAUGUGGUGAAUUUUUUUUCUACAAGUUCUACUUAAGGUGUUUCCAAGGACUGCCAGAAAAUUGCCCUCACAGCAAUCUCUGCAGCUUUGGGAAAGCUAUGUCUAUCUGCCAAAUGUUAGCAUCUAAUAUAUUUGGUUUCUAUGCAGACUGUUUUUGGAGAGGUUUUUGUGUUACUGAAGUUCCAGUUGAAUGUAGUUCUUUGCAUCUUUCCACAGAGAAAUUAUAAAACACUCGAGAAUAAGUAAUCACUGCAUCAUAGGUGUUUAUUUUUUCAACUUUAGAGACUAAUAAGAGACAUCUCAGAGUUUUGAUUUUUAUAGUAUAUGCUCUCAACAGAAAAUCAGUGUUAUUCAACAUCAUGCCUCAGCACUGUCACUUUUAAAAACUUAUCAGGGUGACAUUAAACUUGGAACUGGGCAGUUCUGAAUUUUCAAGUGUGAAAUGUAAAAUAGAAGCUUCAGUCAAUAUCCAGGUUUAUUGUGUUCUGCUAUUUUAAUAAUAGAAAAGCAAUGGCAAGGCCUCUUUUACAAAAGGACGAACUAGAUUUAACAACUUGGAAGUCUUAAUACCUUUAGCUCAAAGUUUACUUUGCAUCGCUUGGUUAUGCUUAUUUCAUUUAGCUAGCUUUCCAACCUGUUGGGCUGAAGUAAUGUUAACCAACUCUGAUGGUCACUUUUUACUCCACACGUCCCCCACCACAGGAGGUUAGAAGACCACUUAUUUUGAACUCAUUUCAGCAUAGGGAUGAGUUUUUCAGAAGUGCUUAUAGGGUUACUACCUCAGUUUAUGAUCUACCUGGUCAUUAUUUUAUUUCCAUCUGGUUUGCUCUAGAGAUCUGCCUCCGAUGUUAGUGUAUAUAUAUAUUCAUUACUACACUCACUGAAGGUGCAGCAUAUGGAAGCUGGCCAAGUUACUGAAGAGACCUGUGUCCCUCCACUUAGGCAAACACAGCCUGGUAAAGCACUGUGAAAACAGGUGCUUCAAGCCUGGGUCGUUUGGGAAGCAGGCAUCUCUCACUUAGGACCAUGUGCAGGUGGUCUUUUAAAACCAGACUGAAGUACAGUAGAUUAUUUGAGACUUGUUAUAUUUUGUGUUUCUGGAGUCUAGCAUAUCUGUGAAUUUGAAAGUGAUGGGACAUCUUUAUAGGUGUUGGAUUUCAGAAAAUUGUUCUUGAGACUGCUUCCACUUCCAGAAAAGUAAAAGCUUGGUUCAGAAUCUCCUAUGUACUGCUCUCUCCUUUAGAAGUAAUAAGAUUGUGAUGAUGACAAAGGGACCAUUUAUAAAUUAGACUGGACUAGAGCUUAAAUGUAGGUUGCUUCUUUAGCAUAAGGCCCUGAAUUCAAUCCCCAGUGCCACCAACUGAAAAAGGAAUACUACCUACAAUACAAAUUGUACAAAUACAAGUUUGCACAGUGGUUUUCCUGGCUACCAGGCCCAGAGUAAGCUAAAAAUUAUACUGAUGCUGGGCAUGGUUGUACAUGCCUGUAAUUCUAGCACUUGCAAGGCUAAAGCAAGAGGAUCUCAAGUUAAAGUCAGCCUAGCACCUCUAAGGCCAGACUGAUAGGUAUCAUAAGACCUGUCUCCAACAACAACAAAAAUCCAAAUCAAAAUUCUUGUCAGUUUAUCCAAGUUCUGUAUGUUAGAAGUCCCCUAACCAAUGUUAAGAAUAAAAUGCCUGAAGGUCUUUCGUGCACAUUUUAUACAUUAAAGUCGUGUCAUGGUGCUUUACGUGUGAAUGUAGCAUGAGAAGAGCUUUGUACAGACAGGUAGCAUUUCUAUUUCUCAGUGAUGAGAUGUGACAACACCUCUUCCAUCUAACUAGAAGUCAAACCUAUCAGAUUUUAUUUUUUUUAUAAUUUAUGGAAGGUGAAGUUUAGGCACUGGCAGACUUCUAAUUGGCUUCUUCAAAUCCAGUGAUUUAAAUGUAACCAGUUUGUUGGAAUUUUAUUGUUGAAAUUCUAUUUUAUUUGUAUAUAUACCUGUUAACUAAUCUGUAAAUUGUAAUAAAUAUAUUUGCAAUCAUGAAGUA